ACCCCCCGAUUUUUUCCCAAUUUGUGUAGUGAAUACAAGUGCAAAUACAAAAAAUGACUAGCCAAACCCAAGGUAUCCAACAAUUGUUGGCCGCUGAGAAAAAGGCUGCCGAAAAAGUUGCAGAAGCAAGAAAACGCAAGGCAAGAAGAUUGAAGCAAGCCAAGGAUGAAGCUACCGAAGAAAUUGAGAAAUAUCGCCAAGAAAGGGAACGUCAAUUCAAGGAAUUUGAAGCCAAGCACAUGGGUUCCCGCGAAGGUGUAGCUGCCAAAAUCGAUGCCGAUACCCGCGUCAAAUUGGCCGAUAUGGAACGUGCCAUCGGUUCCCGCAAGGAACCCGUCAUUCAAGAAAUCUUGCAAUAUGUUUACAACAUCAAGCCUGAAAUCCACAAGAACUACCACCACAAGAAGUAAAUUCGC